CAUCACCGUUGUCGUCGUGAGAGUUUCGUGAAUAGAUACAUUUGUACGGAGUAAAUCAAAGAACCCGAAGACGCCACCAAUUGUCUCUUCACCAGGAACAGAUAUAUAUCUUGGUAUCACUGAAAAGAUUUGUAUGAUUUUGUAAAUCAACAUGGGAGACUCCGAUGAUGAGUACGACAGAAAGCGUAGGGACAAAUUCAGAGGAGAAAGAACAGAAUCGUACAGAGAAGGACGCGGCAGAGAUGAUAGGCGAAGAGGAGGAGGAGAUGACUGGCCAGAUAGGGAUUGGUCCAACAGACCUCGAGCAAGACCGGACUAUCGAGAUUACCGAGGUGGAGGUGGCAGGGAACGCUACAGUCCAGCUCGGUCGCAGGAUAUGGCGCCCCCGAUGAAGCGUAUGCGAGGUGAAUGGGACGACCGACCCCCUCGAGGUGGUCACUCCUAUGACUACUAUGGUGAGAGGGAACCUAACCCUGGAGGUGGUGGUGGCGGAGGUGGCGUCGGUGGCGGUGGUGGUGGUGGUGGCGGAAGAGGGUCAGCAUGGGGACCUGAUCACUAUCCACCCAACCAUCCUGUCAAUCACCACUAUGGUAACCAUAGCAACAAUAAUAGCAGUCGAGAAGUGACUGGAGGGGCCUUCAAUAAUUCCAAUGUGGAGACUCAGCCCCCUAUGAUGACUUUCAAAGCAUUCUUGGCAACCCAAGAAGAUUCCAUUACAGAUGAAGAAGCAAUCAAACGUUACAACGAGUACAAACAAGAAUUCAGGAGACAGCAGCUUAAUGAAUUCUUUAUUGCACAUAAGGACGAGGAAUGGUUCAAAAUCAAAUAUCAUCCAGAAGAAUCCGUCAAACGAAAAGACGAUCAACUUUCUUCAUUGAAAAAACGCGUUGAAGUGUUCCUUGAAUUGCUUGAUAAAAUGGAAAUCGACAAGGUGUCAGUUGACGCAGACCAGAGCGAUCAACUGUUACGUCUGCUCGAUGCAGUUGUUAUUAAGCUAGAAGGUGGCACCGAAGAAGACCUGAAGGUCUUAGACGCCAAGCCCCUUAGUCUGCCAAUAAAGGAAAUCCCUAUCAAAGUGCCUAUUAUCAAGAAAGAGGUUGAUAAGGAAAUAAAGGAAACUGUCAAAAUUAAGGUUGAAAAGCCAGACGAACCUGAAAAGCCAAGCGAAGCAAAACCUGAAGAUGCCAAAAACAAAGAUCAAAACGGUGAUGUCGAGAUGAAAGAGCCCGAGAAAGAGCAACCAAAGGAAACCCCGGCUGAAGAGGCUGAGACCAAAGAAGCCGAAGAAAGUAAAGAUGAAGAAGAACAAGAGGAAAAGGAGACCGAGCCGGAGGAGGAAGCUGAAAAAUCUGAGGAACCUAACUUAAAGAAACGCAAGCGAACUACCAGUAACAGCAGUAGUAGCAGCAGUAGCAGCAGUAGUUCCUCUGACAGUGAUACCAGUAACAAACCUGGUACCCCACCUGGGCCUCCUCCUACACUAGAAGAGAAAGAAGAAUCAAAAGAAGAGAAAGAUACUGAGGCUGAACCUGAAGCAGAAGCAGAAGCUGAGGCAGUAGCUGAAGCUGAAGCUGAGACUGAAGUUGAAAAGCCAGUUGAGAAGGAGGUACCUGAAACUCAAGAAACAGAAAAGGAAAGCACACCCGAGCCUCAACCAGAAAAGCCAAAAAAGAAAGAUGAGUCGGUGAUUGAUUUGGCAAGUGAAAAAGAACCUCGUGCUUUGCAUAAAACUAGCAGUAUAUUUCUUAGAAAUUUAGCCCCAACAAUCACAAAAGCAGAGGUUGAAGCUAUGUGUAAACGUUUCCCUGGAUUUUUAAGAGUAGCUAUUGCUGAUCCUCAACCAGAAAGAAGGUGGUUCCGUCGUGGUUGGGUUUCAUUUGAAAGACAAAUCAAUAUCAAAGAAAUAUGUUGGAGUUUAAAUAACAUAAGGUUAAGGGAUUGCGAACUCGGUGCUAUUGUGAAUCGCGACCUAUCCCGACGCAUUCGCAAUGUCAAUGGCAUAACUUGUCAUAAGCAAAUUGUGAGAAACGAUAUCAAGUUGAGCGCGAAAAUUGUGCAUAGUCUAGAUAAUCGUUCAGGUCUAUGGAUGGAGAUGAAAAAAGACAUCCCUAAGGAUGAUGAGGCCAAAAAAGAACAGGCUGCUAUUGAUAUAGAACAAGCUGCAUUUGGGCUGUCUUCCAAAAAUCCAAUCUUGAAAAAUAUCACUGACUAUCUUAUUGAAGAAGCCUCCGCGGAAGAAGAAGAGUUACUUGGUGUCUCGGGCGAUCAUGAAGAAGGACAGCUAUCAGGCGAAGGAGAGGAGAAAGUUGAAAAGGACCCUUCCCUCACUAAAGUUUUGGAUAAGCUAAUCCUCUAUCUGCGAAUUGUACAUUCUGUCGAUUAUUACAACCAUUGUGAAUAUCCAAAUGAAGAUGAAAUGCCUAAUCGAUGCGGUAUUUUGCACGUUAGAGGUGCACCUCCAGCUAACAAAGUAUCUAGCAAUGAAAUCAUGGAGUACUGCAAAAAUUUUGAAAGCAAAAUGGCUGCGUUCCUUGCACCAGUAGCUACAGUUACUCCCAGCGAUUACGAGAAACUUGGAGCAAAGAAUGCAGAAACUGAGGUGGAAAAGUUUGUCCAAGCGAAUACACAGGAGUUGUCGAAAGACAAGUGGUUGUGUCCGCUCAGUGGCAAAAAAUUCAAGGGUCCAGAUUUCAUUCGCAAGCAUAUUUUCAACAAGCAUGGGGAGAAAGUUGCAGAAGUGAAAGCCGAGGCUGAGUACUUCAACAAUUACUUGAAAGAUCCAAAGAGGCCGCAACUGCCUGAGCAUCCAGGAAACAAGGCACCCCCAAGGGAACCUGUCAGAGAACCUGGUUAUGGAUCUUACAACUCUGGAGGCUCUCGGACUCCAAGUAGAUUCGCAGGCAAUUUUGGAGGUAACUUUGGCAACAAUCGAGGUGGUUUUGGUGGUGGCUAUGGUCCCGGAUUUGGCGGUGGUUUUGGUAUGCCAAGGUCGAAUCGUGGUGGUUUCAACAGAGGACGUGGUGGCCCCGAGUUCAGACCAGUUAUACAUUACCGUGAUCUCGACGCGCCACGGGAGCCUGACGAAUUCUUGUAAAAGAACAACAGAUGUAUUUUUUUUUUUUUUUUCAUCUUUAUGUAUGAAUUCCCGCGUAAAA